AUGAAGCACAAUUCCAUAACUAGUGUGUAUAAUGAUACAAGCACUGGUAAUCUGGUGGUAUGUCUAAACAAUGACAGAACUAUAGGCUCUUUAGGCAUGUGGAUUGGCGAUAAUCCAUUGGAUUUUGUGAUUCCUAUCACAUUAUGUCAAGUCAUCAUACUCGUUUUACUCUCAAAACUGUUGCAUUAUAUCCUCAGGACAAUACAUACACCUAAAUUCAUAUGCUCUAUCAUCGCGGGAGUUCUGUUGGGGCCGACAUGCAUUGGGCACGACGAAGCAUUCCUUGGGACUAUGUUUCCGCUAAAACAAGCUUUGGUUAUGAAUACGUUGGCCAAAAUAGGUACAAUUUACUGUGUGUUCCUAACAAGUCUGAAAAUGGAUGUAUUGACAACAUUAAAAGCAGCGAAACGAUGUUGGCGAUUCGGCGUGUUUCCCUUCUUCGCUUCCUUCUUCGUCACGGCGACUAUGUUGUCUUUCUAUUCGCCCCAUGGCGCUGACAGAGACAAAAACAAAAUGUCGAUAUACAACUUCCCCAACGUCUUUACCCUUAGCAGUUUCGCUGUUAUAUCAGAUAUCCUCAUGGAACUCAACCUCUUGGCCACGGAAUUGGGCAGAAUCGCUUUGUCUUCUGCCAUGAUCAGCGAGAUAUUGCAAUGGUGUACGAUGGAGCUCCAGUUCAACACAAACUUGAGCUCAGGAUUUAUAGUUGUGUUAUUGGCAGGUGCAUGCGGGUUCGGUCUGUUGUGUGUUGUUAUCGUGAGACCACUGGUGAACAUUAUUGUUGAAAAAACACUACCCGGAGAACCAAUGAAAGAAGUAUACGUUGUUGUGCUACUUCUGGGGCCACUUGUUAUGGCAGCCAUUAGUGACAGCUUGGGGGUAUUCUUCGUUGCGGGACCUCUUCUCUAUGGUUUUAUUCUGCCCAAUGGACCCCCAGUGGCUACAACAAUUAUAGAGAGGGUUGAAUUGAUAGUCUCUGAGUUUUUUAUGCCUUUCUUCUACAUGUAUGUAGGCAAAAGAACGGAUUUGUCUGGCCUUCAUGACCAUUGGAAGGUGGCUCUAACAGUUCAGGGAAUCUUAUUUUUGGGAUGCGUGGUAAAGAUAAUUGAUACAGAAGUAUACAGUGUAGCGGUGAUGUACGUGGUGUUAAUCACAGCACUCUGCGUACCCUCGAUCAAAUUCUUGUACAGGCACUGUCGCGUCUGCAUAACACCAACAGUACAAGAAGGUCGUGUGAGAACAAUCCAAAACUGCAAACCAAACACAGGCUUCAAUAUUGUUUCGUGCGUGCACACGGAUCAACACGUGCAUAGCAUGAUUGCCCUAACAGAGGCAUGCAACCCAACCCUAGAAAGCCCCAUUUGCCUCUACGUGAUCCAUCUUAUUGAGCUCUCCGGCAAAAGCACACCCAUUCUUCUUCCCAUGAACAAGAACAACAGAAAAUCUUUGUCCGUCAACUACCCCAACACCAACCGCAUUUUACGUGCAUACGAGAAUUACUCUGAAAACUCAAGUGGCCCUGUAACUGUUCUUUCAUACGUCAACGUUGCGCCGUACAAAAGCAUGCACGAAGCAGUUUGUAACCUCGCGGAAGAUAAUUCGGUGCAUCUCCUCAUUAUUCCAUUUCAUCAAAAUGAUCAGAGUGUGGGAAUCCACGUAUGCAGCGUCUUCCGUGAGCUGAACGAAAAUUUUGCUGCUAACUCAAGGGGAACGUUGGGGAUUCUUGUGGAUAGAUUCUCGUUGCUGAGUAUGAGUAACUACAAGAUGCCUUUUCAUGUGGGUAUCUUCUUCGUGGGUGGAGAAGACGAUAGAGAAGCAUUAGCGUUGGGAAUUCGAAUGUUGGAACGCGCCACCACGCGCGUGACCUUGAUUCGGUUUGUUUUGCUUAGGAAAGGAGAUUCGGGGUUUUUGAUAUAUGGAGACGUGCAAAAUGAAGAGGAUACGUUAGAGAGGACGUUGAACGAGAGUUUAAUAGAUGAGUUUUUGGCGAAGAAGGAUUAUAGUUUUGAUCUUGUUAACGUUGUUUACCAUGAAGUUGUGGUGGAAGGUUGCAUACAAGUGUUGGAAGCUAUUAGGGUAAUGGAGAACGACUAUGACCUAGUGAUGGUGGGGAAGCAACAUAGUAUGGGAGAUUUUAGGGAAGAAGAAAUGUCAAAUUUAAUGGACAAUUCAGAUCAGUUGGGAAUUUUGGGGGAUAUGUUGUCAUCCAGUGAGUUUUGUGAAGGAAAAACUCCUGUGUUGGUCAUGAAAUCUGGAGUCAAAAGGGUAAAACAAUUUACAAAUUCAGGUCGUCAUAUCUUUCGUAGUGCUUCUUAA